AUGACAAUUUUUAAUUCAAUUUCAUCAAUUUCAAAUUCAACUAGAAUUACAUCAAGUUCAAUAUCAACCUAUAACUAUAAUGGAUCAAUGGCUAAUGUUAAUUCAACAGCAUGUUUUGAUAAUGAUUUUGGAGGAUGGGGCGGUUUAGGUGGUUUCAAUAAUGGUUGUGGAGGUUGUGGUGGUGGUUCAAAUGUAAAUGUUAUUAACUUUGACAUUGAUAUCGGUCGUCGUCAUCGUAGAUGUUGUUAA